GGGAGGUGGGGGGGGGGAAGUAUAAGAAAAAAGAAAUAAUUUAGAGCAGCCAUCUUUGUUUUAUGCAGAAAUCUUUCUCUUUCAGUUCCCCCCCAGUGCCAGGAAUAUACAAAUAUUGUUCAUCUAUGCAAUGAGCUGAGAGAUUCAAACAAGCAACAAUAAGGAGAAAAAUUAAGAGGGGGGGUCUUUUUGUUGUUGUUGUGGCUGUUUUGGAUUGAUUUUGGGGGGGGCUGGGUUUUUUUUUGUUAACCUCAAGGAAGAGGUGUGUGUGUGGUGGUGGUGGGGGGGUGACUUAAAAAUCAAGCCAGCCAUUUUGUGUUUUUUUUUUCAAUAAAGAAAGGGGUGGGGGGGAUUUUUUUCCCUUUUUUUUCCCUCCUGGGGGGGUCUGUUUUAAAAAUAAUUUAAGGGCGGCCAUUUUUGUUCCUUGCUCUUGUGGCAAAUAUUAUGCUGAGCUGCCCCCUCAGAAUUUAAAUAUAUUUUAAACCUCUCUCUCGCUUCCUCCCCCCCUUUUAUAUUUUUUAGAGGGGGGGAGGGGAAAAAGUUAGGUUUUUUUCCCUCUCUUUUUUUGAAUUCAUGGGACUUUUUCAGGCUCUUCUUUUUUUUAGUGACUGAGGUGAUCUGAAGUGGGGGGGGAGGAUUUUUGUGUGUGGUGAAGGGGGGUUGUUCCCCCCCUUCUCUCUCUGUGUGUGUCCCUGCCCCCCCCCCCAGCACCACCAUGGCUUCCCCUCUGAGGGAGGACGAGGAAGAGGAGGAGGAGAUGGUGGUGUCUGAGGUGGAGGGGGAUGAAGAAGAAGAGGAGGAAGAGGAGGAGGAAGAAGGAGCAGGGGACAACAGCCCAGGCGACAUAUUCCCGCCCGCUGCUGCUCCACGGGCACCAGCAGCAUCAACUCCACCAGCAGCUGCGGCUCCUCCAGACGAAGCAGAUGGGGAUCUCAGGAACCUGGAGAGCGCCCUGGGCGUCAAGAAGAAGAAAAGGGGUCCCCGCAAACAGAAGGAGAACAAGCCAGGGAAGCCCCGGAAGCGCAAAAAAUUAGUGAGCGAGGAUGAGUUUGAGUCGGACCGGGAGGAGUUCCGGGAGAAGUCGGAGAGCGGGAGCAGCGACUACGGCGGGGUGGCCAAGAAGAAGCGGCGGAAGCACCGGGAGAAGAAGGAGAAGAAGACCAAACGCCGGAAAAAGGUGGAUGGUGACGCAGGCCAGAAAGUAAAGCAGGUGGAGCAGAAAUCCUCGGCCCAGCUGCUCAUGACCUGGGGGCUGGAAGACGUGGACCAUGUGUUUUCCGAGGAGGAUUAUCACACGCUCACCAACUACAAAGCCUUCAGCCAGUUCAUGAGGCCUCUCAUUGCCAAAAAGAACCCCAAGAUCCCCAUGUCCAAGAUGAUGACCAUCCUGGGCGCCAAGUGGCGGGAGUUCAGCGCCAACAACCCCUUCAAGGGCUCGGCUGCAGCCGUGGCGGCAGCAGCUGCAGCGGCGGCGGCGGCCGUGGCCGAGCAGGUGUCGGCGGCCGUGUCGGCCGUGGCUACCGAGCCGCAGCCCGCUCCCGUCCGCAAAGCCAAAACCAAAGAAGGGAAAGGGCCGGGUCACAAAAGGCGGAGCAAGAGCCCUCGCGUGCCAGAGAUGAAGAGGAAGAUGAAAGGGAAGAGGAUGGCUCCCCUGAAGAUCAAGCUGGGCAUGAUCGGUGGAAAGCGGAAAAAGAGCAGCUCGCAUGUGUUUCAGAGCGACGAGGUGGGCGAGAUGGAGGAAGAGUCUGACAUCGACAACUCCAGUGUCCACAGCUCCUCGGUGCGGUCCGACAGCUCGGGGCGGGUCAAGAAACUCAAGCGGGGCCGGCCUGGCAGGAAAAGGAAGAAGGCGAUCUCCACAAUCCCAAUCCAGGAUCGGGGCCCCGUGGUGCUGGGCGCUGCGCAGACGCAUGGUGAGAGGCUGUCCCCCGCCCUGACGAGCUGUUCCAAGGCUAGGAGGGGGGAUCGUGGUCUCUCGUCUGACCUCCUGGGCGAUGCUUCCCUGAAGGAAUUCAAGUGGUUGAACCAGAUGGCCGGCGAGGAGGAGGUGGACGGCUACGAGACGGACCACCAGGACUACUGUGAAGUGUGCCAACAGGGCGGCGAGAUCAUCCUCUGUGACACCUGCCCCAGGGCCUACCACCUGGUGUGUCUGGACCCCGAACUCGACAAGGCGCCCGAGGGCAAAUGGAGCUGUCCCCACUGCGAGAAGGAGGGGGUGCAGUGGGAAGCCAAGGAGGAAGACGAGGAGUACGAGGAGGAGCUGGAGGAGGAAGGCGAGAAGGAGGAGGAGGACGACCACAUGGAGUACUGCCGGGUCUGCAAGGACGGCGGGGAGCUGCUGUGCUGUGAUGCCUGUAUCUCCUCCUACCACAUCCACUGCCUCAACCCGCCGCUGCCCGAGAUCCCCAACGGCGAAUGGCUCUGCCCCCGCUGCACGUGCCCCGUGCUGAAGGGCCGGGUGCAGAAGAUCCUGCACUGGCGCUGGGGGGAGCCGCCCCCGCCUGUGCUGGUGCCCCGGCCGCCCGACGCCGACCCGGACGAGCCCUCGCCCAAGCCGCUGCAGGGCCGCUCGGAGCGGGAGUUCUUCGUCAAGUGGGUCGGCCAGUCCUACUGGCACUGCUCCUGGGCCAAGGAACUGCAGCUGGAGAUCUUCCACCUGGUGAUGUAUCGCAACUACCAGAGGAAAAACGACAUGGACGAGCCGCCCCCGCUGGACUACGGCUCCGGCGAGGACGACGGCAAGAGCGAGAAGCGGAAGAGCAAAGACCCGCUCUACGCCCAGAUGGAGGAGCGCUUCUACCGCUACGGCAUCAAGCCCGAGUGGAUGGCCAUCCACCGCAUCAUCAACCACAGCAUCGACAAGAAGGGGAACUACCACUACCUGGUGAAGUGGCGCGACCUGCCCUACGACCAGUCCACGUGGGAGGAGGACGAGAUGGCCAUCCCCGACUUCGACUUCCACAAGCACGCCUACUGGAGGCACAGGGAGCUGAUCAUGGGCGAGGACCCGGCCCAGCCCCGGAAGUACAAGAAGAAGAAGAAAGAGAUGCCGGCCGAGGGCCCCCCGAACUCCCCUACCAACGACCCCACGGUAAAGUAUGAGACCCAGCCGCGGUUCAUCACCUCCACGGGCGGGACCCUGCACAUGUACCAGCUGGAGGGACUCAACUGGCUUCGCUUCUCCUGGGCCCAGGGCACCGACACCAUCCUGGCCGACGAGAUGGGCCUGGGCAAGACCAUCCAGACCAUCGUCUUCCUCUACUCCCUCUACAAGGAGGGUCACACCAAAGGCCCCUUCCUGGUCAGCGCCCCGCUCUCCACCAUCAUCAACUGGGAGCGGGAGUUCCAGAUGUGGGCGCCCAAGUUCUACGUGGUGACCUACACGGGCGACAAGGACAGCCGCUCCAUCAUCCGCGAGAACGAGUUCUCCUUCGAGGACAACGCCAUGAAGGGUGGGAAGAAGGCUUUCAAGAUGAAGAGGGAAGCUCAGGUGAAGUUCCACGUGCUGCUCACGUCCUACGAGCUGGUCACCAUCGACCAGGCGGCGCUGGGCUCCAUCCGCUGGGCCUGCCUGGUGGUGGACGAGGCUCAUCGGCUGAAGAACAACCAGUCCAAGUUCUUCAGGGUGCUGAAUGGUUACAAGAUUGACCACAAGCUGCUGCUGACGGGGACGCCGCUGCAGAACAACCUGGAGGAGCUGUUCCACCUGCUCAACUUCCUCACGCCGGAGCGCUUCAAUAACCUGGAGGGCUUCCUGGAGGAGUUUGCCGACAUCUCCAAGGAGGACCAGAUCAAGAAGCUGCACGACCUGCUCGGCCCUCACAUGCUGCGGCGCCUCAAGGCCGACGUCUUCAAGAACAUGCCGGCCAAGACGGAGCUGAUCGUGCGCGUGGAGCUGAGCCCCAUGCAGAAGAAAUACUAUAAAUACAUCCUGACCCGCAACUUCGAGGCCCUGAACUCCCGGGGAGGCGGCAACCAGGUCUCCUUGCUCAACAUCAUGAUGGACCUCAAGAAGUGCUGUAACCACCCGUACCUCUUCCCUGUGGCUGCGAUGGAAUCCCCCAAGCUGCCCAGCGGUGCCUAUGAGGGCGGCGCCCUCAUCAAAUCCUCCGGCAAGCUGAUGCUGUUACAGAAGAUGCUGCGGAAGCUGAAGGAGCAGGGCCAUCGGGUGCUGAUCUUCUCUCAGAUGACGAAAAUGCUGGACCUGCUGGAGGAUUUCCUGGACUACGAAGGCUACAAGUACGAGCGGAUCGACGGCGGGAUCACCGGGACCUUGCGGCAGGAAGCCAUUGACAGAUUCAACGCUCCCGGGGCCCAGCAGUUCUGCUUCCUGCUCUCGACCCGGGCCGGGGGUUUGGGCAUCAACCUGGCCACCGCAGACACGGUGGUCAUCUUCGAUUCGGACUGGAACCCCCACAACGACAUUCAGGCCUUCAGCCGGGCUCACCGCAUCGGCCAGGCCAACAAGGUGAUGAUCUACCGGUUUGUGACGCGGGCCUCGGUGGAGGAGCGGAUCACGCAGGUGGCCAAGCGGAAGAUGAUGCUGACCCACCUGGUGGUGCGCCCGGGGCUGGGCUCCAAGGCCGGCAGCAUGUCCAAGCAGGAGCUGGACGACAUCCUGAAAUUCGGCACCGAGGAGCUCUUCAAGGAUGAGAACGAAGGGGAGAACAAGGAAGAGGACAGCAGCGUGAUCCACUACGACAACGAGGCCAUCGCCCGGCUGCUCGACCGCAACCAGGACGCCACCGACGAUGCCGACGUGCAGAACAUGAACGAGUAUCUCAGCUCCUUCAAGGUGGCCCAGUACGUGGUGCGGGAGGAGGACAAGAUCGAGGAGAUCGAGCGGGAGAUCAUUAAGCAGGAGGAGAACGUGGACCCCGACUACUGGGAGAAACUCCUGCGCCAUCACUACGAGCAGCAGCAGGAGGACCUGGCCCGGAACCUGGGGAAGGGCAAACGGGUCCGGAAACAGGUCAACUACAACGAUGCCGCGCAGGAGGACCAAGACAAUCAGUCCGAGUACUCGGUGGGAUCGGAAGAGGAAGACGAAGACUUCGACGAGAGGCCAGAAGGACGGCGCCAGUCCAAACGCCAGCUCCGCAACGAGAAAGACAAACCUCUGCCACCGCUGCUGGCCCGAGUCGGGGGCAACAUCGAGGUGCUGGGGUUCAACACACGGCAGCGCAAGGCCUUCCUGAACGCCGUCAUGCGCUGGGGGAUGCCCCCCCAGGACGCCUUCACCACCCAGUGGCUGGUCCGGGACCUGCGAGGCAAGACAGAGAAGGAGUUCAAGGCCUAUGUCUCCCUCUUCAUGAGGCACCUGUGCGAGCCCGGGGCGGACGGCUCGGAGACCUUUGCCGACGGCGUGCCAAGGGAGGGGCUGUCCCGGCAGCAGGUCCUGACACGCAUCGGUGUCAUGUCGCUGGUGAAGAAGAAGGUGCAGGAAUUCGAGCACAUCAACGGGCGGUGGAGCAUGCCCGAGCUGAUGCCCGACCCCAGCGCCGACUCCAAGCGGUCGUCCCGCGCCUCCUCGCCAACCAUCAAGACCUCCACCACCACCCCUGAGCCCAGCUGCACCAACACGCCCUGCACCUCCAAGCCAGCCACGCCAGCCCCCAGCGAGCGCGGGGACGGGACGGGGCCGCUGGCCGAGAAGGAGGAGCCGGAGAGCAAGGAGCCGGAGAAGGAGCCGAAGAGUGGCGAGCGGACGGAGACGGAGGGGCCUGCUCUGGAGCAUCCAACGCCCACCACCUCCCCCGGGGAGAAGAGCGAGCCGGAGGCAGCCAAGAAAGCGGACGAGGACGAGCCCAUGGGGCUGGGGGAGAAGGAGCCGGAGGCAGAGCCCUCGGUCAAGGAGGAGAAGGAGAAGUCAGGUGCCGGGCCGGAAGAGCCAGCGGCGGAGAAGGCCGAGGAGAGACCUGCUGACACCGAUGAGCCCAAGGAGAAGGGGGACGGGGAGGGGCCGGAGAUGAAGAAAGAAGAGGUGAAGGUGGAGAAGGAAGCUGGCAAGGAGCCUAAGGCAGGCAGCAUCAAGGAGGAGAGCAAGGCCAACGGGCGGAAGGAGGACAAGGCCGACAAGCCCCGGUUCAUGUUCAACAUCGCGGAUGGUGGCUUCACGGAGCUGCACACGCUGUGGCAGAACGAGGAGCGGGCGGCCAUCUCCUCCGGGAAGCUGAAUGAGAUCUGGCACCGGCGCCAGGACUACUGGCUGCUGGCUGGCAUCGUUCUGCACGGCUACGCCCGCUGGCAGGACAUCCAGAACGACACCCAGUUCACCAUCAUCAACGAGCCCUUCAAAACCGAGGCCAACAAGGGGAAUUUCCUGGAGAUGAAGAACAAGUUCCUGGCCAGGAGGUUCAAGCUCCUGGAGCAGGCACUGGUGAUCGAGGAGCAGCUGCGCCGAGCCGCCUACCUGAACAUGACCCAGGACCCCAGCCACCCGGCCAUGGCGCUCAACACCCGCUUUGCCGAGGUCGAGUGUCUGGCCGAGAGCCACCAGCACUUGUCCAAGGAGUCCCUGGCUGGCAACAAGCCUGCCAACGCCGUGCUUCACAAGGUGCUCAACCAGCUGGAGGAGCUGCUGAGCGACAUGAAGGCCGACGUGACGCGCCUGCCGGCCACGCUGUCCCGCAUCCCGCCCAUCGCCGCCCGCCUCCAGAUGUCCGAGCGCAGCAUCCUUAGCCGCCUGGCCAACAAGGGCAACGAGACGCAGACCGCCCCGGCCUUCCCACCGGGCCCGUACGCCACCCCCCAGAGCUUCGGAGGUUCCUUCAGCGCCGGAGCCCUGCCCACGGCGGGCGCCAACUACAGCCAGAUGCCAGCUGGGUCCUUCAUCACAGCCGCCACCAACGGCCCCCCGGUGCUGGUGAAGAGGGAGCGGGACGCUGACCCCCUGGAGAAGAAAGAGCCCCGGGCCGGCGAGGUGAUCUGUAUCGACGACUGACGGGGACCCCUCCCCUCCCGCGGGCAGGGGCAGCCCCCUUCCUCUCUCUCUUUCCCCCGGGGGGGGGGCAUACCGGCCCCACCCCCGCUCUGUCCAGACGGGACCCCGCUUCUCCCCCCCCAGGGGGAGGGUACGUAGCCUGGGUGGGUGACGGGGGGGUCCAGUCCUGGGACCCCUGCCCUGCCGGCUACUCUAUAAAUAUGAAUAUAUAUAUAUAUAUAUACACACACAUACUGUAUGGGGUGCCCCCCGCCAGCCCCCCAGGCCCUCCCCUCGGCACCCCACUGUGGGGGCGGCCCCCCCCGGCCUGGGAAGGUCGCCCCCCAUCCCAAAGCGGGGCAGGGGGGCAGUUCUACCUCGCUGCAGUCUGGCUGGAGGGGGGCGGGGCGGCUGGGGGCGCGCCAGGAGUCACUCCGGAUUGUCGGCAGUUCGCAUCACUUCUUGUUUAAACCGCGCGGAAUAAAGGCACCGUUUCCUUGGCUACA